AGUGGUUUGUUGUGUUCUAGGAAAUGAUGCCAGUGAGUGAGUAGUCCCAGCCUCGGCACAGGGCAGCCACCUUGAAGCUCUCAAAUAUCACUCUUGUGAAUACAGAGAGGGAAAACCAACUGUAACGUGCUACCCAAAUAUAAGUUUUACUCAUAUUUGAUGUUAGGAUGGAUAGCUUGGAAAAAGUUGGAUGGUACGGCCUUUACUAUGAGGCAUCUAUGAAGGAUCAGGAAUGGAUGCAGACAAGUAACUAGUAAUGGAAAAUGUUAAAGCUGGAGCUCUUGGAAAACCAGAAAUGAGGCUGGGCGCUCAGGAAGAAACAAAUGAAGGUGAUGCUAAUGAAAGUUCAUUACAAGUUCUGUCCAGCAAUGUGCCUCUCCUGGCCCUAGAGUUCUUUGACACAGCCCAGGCUAAAGAGAAGGCCUUUCUCCCCAUGGUCAGCCACACGUUGCACAUGCCCACAGAGGAGUCUGAUGCCCCACAGGAGGGUGAUGACCUACCCAGGUCCUUAGCAAACACCAGCCAUCCCAAGCAGGGUGACAUCCCCAAGUCCCCAGAAGAAACCAUCCAGCCCAAGGAGGGUGACAUCUGCAAGUCCCCAGAAGAAACCACCCAAUCCAAGAAGGACAACCUCCCCAAGUCCUCAGAAGAAGCCAUCCAGCCCAAACAGGGUGACAUCCCCAAGUCCUCAGCAAAACCCAUCCAGCCCAAGCUGGGCAAUAUUCCCAAGGCCUCAGUGAAGCCCAGCCAGCCCAAGGAGGGUGACAUCCCCAAGUCCCCAGAAGAAACCAUCCAGCCCAAGGAGGGUGACAUCCCCAAGUCCUCAGCAAAACCCAUCCAGCCCAAGCUGGGCAAUAUUCCCAAGGCCUCAAUGAAGCCCAGCCAGCCCAAGGAGGGUGACAUCUCCAAGUCCCCAGAAGAAACCAUCCAAUCCAAGAAGGACGACCUCCCCAAGUCCUCAGAAGAAGCCAUCCAGCCCAAGGAGGGUGACAUCCCCAAGUCCCUAGAAGAAGCCAUCCAGCCCAAGAAGGGUGACAUCCCCAAGUCCCUAGAGGAAGCCAUCCAGCCCAAGGAGGGUGACAUCCCCAUCCCAAAAGAAGCCAUCCAGCCCAAGGAGGGUGACAUCCCCAAGUCCCUAGAAGAAGCCAUCCCACGCAAGGAGGGUGACAUCCCCAAGUCCCCAGAAGAAACCAUCCAGCCCAAGGAGGAUGACAGCCCCAAGACCCUAGAAGAAGCCACCCCACCCAAGGAGGGUAACAUCCUAAAGCCUGAAGAAGAAACAACAGAGUUCCUGGCGGGGGACAAGGUGAAAGUGAUCCUGAGCAAGGAGGACUUUGAGGCAUCACUGAAGGAGGCCGGGGAGAGGCUGGUGGCUGUGGACUUCUCGGCCACGUGGUGUGGGCCCUGCAGGACCAUCAGACCAUUCUUCCAUGCCCUGUCUGUGAAGCAUGAAGACGUGGUGUUCCUGGAGGUGGAUGCUGACAACUGUGAGGAGGUGGUGAGAGACCGUGCCAUCAUGUGUGUCCCAACCUUUCAGUUUUAUAAAAAAGAAGAAAAGGUGGAUGAGCUUUGCGGCGCCCUUAAGGAAAAACUUGAAGAAGUCAUUGCAGAAUUAAAGUAAACAUGUAUUCUGAAAA